UUGAUCGCUGUUGCAGCCGCUGGAUACGACUACUCACCCAAUACUCAAGCACAACAUGGCGGCGCUCAACUCUCCGAACCUAUUCAGCCCGUCAACGAGUACAACAAAGAAUUCUAUACCUAUUCAGCUCCUGAAUCUGAAUUCGAUGAUGCUGGCGCCAAUGGUGAAAUUGCCAAUGCAGUAAAGAAGAACUUGCGCGUUGUCUUCAUCAAGGGACCAGAAAACAACGGACUCGAGAAUGCUGCUUUGCAGCUAGCUAGGGCUGCUGGUGAUGAACGUACCGCCAUCUAUGUACUCAGCAAGCAAGCUGACAUCGGUGAUUUGGCCAACCGAUUGAAUUCAGUGCAGAGUAGCGCAAGCAAACCUGAAGUGCACUUCGUCAAGUACAGGACCCAAGCUGACGCUGAGAAUGCCCAACGUGCUAUCCAAUCACAAUAUGAUUCGUUGCCAGGUGGUUCAAGCAACCAUAAUGCUGCAUCUGCGCCCGUAUUGAACUUUGCCAGCCAACCAUCUCCUGCUCCUGCCCCUGCUCCAGCUCCUGUUGCUGCUGCUCCUGCGCCAGCUCCUGUUGCUCUGGCUGCUGCUGCUCCCGCGGCGCCCGCCAACACUUACGUUCCACCACAACCACAAGCAUAUUUGCCACCUGGCAGAAGGUUUUAA